AUGCUAACACUGAACAAAACAGACCUAAUAGCAGCUUCAUUUAUUCUGAAUGGAGUCCCAGGACUGGAAGACACACAACUCUGGAUUUCCUUCCCAUUCUGCUCUAUGUAUGUUGUGGCUAUGGUAUGGAAUUGUGGACUCCUCUACCUCAUUCGCUAUGAGGAUGCCCUGCACAAACCCAUGUACUACUUCUUGGCCAUGCUUUCCUUUACUGACCUUGUUAUGUGCUCUAAUACAAUCCCUAAAGCCCUCUGCAUCUUCUGGUUUCAUCUCAAGGACAUUGGAUUUGAUGAAUGCCUUGUCCAGAUGUUCUUCAUCCACACCUUCACGGGGAUGGAGUCUGGGGUGCUUAUGCUUAUGGCCCUGGAUCGUGUGGCCAUCUGCUAUCCCUUACACUAUUCAACUACCCUCGCAAAUCCUGUCAUUGCAAAGGUUGGGCUUGCUACCUUCCUGAGAGGGGUACUACUCAUUAUUCCCUUUACUUUCCUCACCAAGCUCUUGCCCUACUGCGGAGGCAAUAUACUUCCCCAUACCUACUGUGACCACACAUCUGUAGCCAAAUUAUCCUGUGGGAAUGUCAAGGUCAAUGCCAUCUAUGGUCUGAUGGUUGCCCUUCUGAUUGGGGGCUUUGACAUACUGUGUAUCAUAGUCUCUUAUACCAUGAUUCUCCGGGCAGUGGUCACCCUCUCCUCAGCAGAUGCUCGGCAGAAGGCCUUUAAUAUCUGCACUGCCCACAUUUGUGCCAUUGUUUUCUCCUAUACUCUAGCUUUCUUCUCCUUCUUUUCCCACCGCUUUGGAGAACACACAAUCCCCCCUUCUUGCCACAUCAUUGUAGUUAAUAUUUAUCUGCUCCUACCACCCACUAUGAACCCUAUUGUCUAUGGGGUGAAAACCAAACAGAUACGAGACUGUGUCAUAAGGAUCCUUUCAGGUUCUAAGGAUGCCAAAUCCUAUAGCAUGUGA